UCUUCACAUUUUACCUUAACUAGUUUUGAUCCUGAGGUGCCUCUGAUUUUCUGGGUGAUCAAAACUGUCUCUGCUUGAAGUUAGAAAUGGAUUAAUUUUUCUCAUGUAACCCUUCUCUGUUCCCCUCUUCAGGACAGUGAUGACAUUGAGGACGUGUCUCUCUUUGAUGCAGAUGAUGAUUUAUCCAGGAGAUCAAAAAAGUCAAAAAUAAGGCACCCAGUGGCAUCAUUUUUCCACUUAUUCUUCCGAGUCAGUGCCAUAGUUGUCUAUCUGCUCUGUGAGCUCUUAACUAGCAGCUUUAUUGCCUGCAUGGUGACCAUUAUCCUCCUCUUGUCCUGUGACUUUUGGGCUGUAAAGAAUGUCACAGGGAGAUUGAUGGUUGGCCUUCGCUGGUGGAACCAGGUGGAUGAUGAUGGUAGAAGUCACUGGGUGUUUGAAGCCAGAAAGGUAUCAGCACAAGGGAGUAAAACCUCAUCUGAAGCAGAGGCCCGAAUCUUCUGGUUAGGCCUGAUUACCUGUCCCAUGAUCUGGGUGAUUUUUGCCUUCAGUGCUCUCUUCUCUUUCAAAGUCAAGUGGCUGGCAGUGGUUGUGAUGGGGGUGGUGCUCCAGGGAGCCAACCUGUACGGUUACAUCAGGUGUAAAGUUGGCAGCAGGAAGAACCUGACCAGCAUGGCCACCAACUACCUUGGGAAGCAGUUCUUGCGGCAGACCGUGGCUACAGAGGACCAAACAGCAUCCUGAGUGUGGUGGAAGCCUCAAGCCAGGCUGGAUUCACAGCAGUGACCAACAGAGAACAGUUGCUCAGACCGUGAGAUUUGGGAGCUGCACACCAGGUGUGAAUCAAAAGAAGUAAAUAAAUUGUGCAAGACUUGAGGUUAACACUCCUGGCAACUUAUAUUCCGUUUUCCACUAGCAGUUUGUGUUUUAAACUCCUUUCUUUAGUUUGAUUAAUGAGAAUUAAUUCGCUUAGACUUUAAAUCAAAAAACAUCCUAGUUAGGUUUGCUGCAGGUUUAGAACUACUGGAUGAAUUAAGAGAUAAUUGCUGGAGAUUCUUCAGAAAAGCCAUGCACAAGCUGAGCCUUCUGUCACCUGGGAGCUCCUCAAGUCCUCCAGCAGCUGGUGCCUCAGAUAGUUUGUCGUGGACAUCGCUGUGUUUUGCUCUUGGAGGUUGUUGCUGCUGCUUUUCCAGUUUAGGUAGUGACCUUUUGGCCCUGCAUCCCUCAUUCCAUGAUUGGAACAGCACUGAGAGGUGUCAGUGAAGGACAGCCAGAGGAAAUGGAGCUGUUGGAUUAGUGGGAAGAUCAUGGGAGUCUCGUGGAAGCUGCAGAAAGUGAACUCUGAGCAGCUCCAGGCCCUGGUUUAUCUGAAGCAUUCACAGAUCUCACAGUAACAUCCCAAACCCCUGGAUUUAUGGGAAUCCCUGUUCUCCCUGUGGGCCUCCACUCUAUGGAGAGUGUAGCAGUUCCAGGGAAGGCUGCACACACAGUCCCACUGAGGGGAGGUGAGAGCAGCCCUGACCAACCUGUCACACUGAGGCCAUCAGGUGUCCUGGAGUGUGUGUUGGGGCCACAGGGCUUUUCCUCGGGCCAGGAGGGUGUAGGAUCAGCAGGGAUUGCGACUGACAGGGUUCCACCUUCCUGAAAUCCAUGUGGUGUGCUGAGGAGUCUGUGGGCUGGGAAAAAAGCCUUUUGUGGGAUCAUGAGACAUUGGCUUGCAGUGUUCACUGGGAUGGCAGAGAGUGGUGUGUUCUGUGUGUGGAGUUCAAAAUCUGUACAAAAGUGGUCUGUUCCUUCUUGUGGGAUUCUGUUUAAGGAGUUUGUGCUUGAAAACUUCGGAUGAGGUAUUAUAAAUGAAGAAUGUGGGUUUCUCUCUGAAUAGUGGGUGUUGUAAAUUGUGGGAUUGCAUUCACGUGGUUCCUCUCCCUGUGUUCCAGCAAUACUUGGGAGCUGUACAUUUAACUCUUUGGAUUGAUACCUUCCUUUUGUAAAUAAAAGUAUUUAUAAAAUCUUGAAAUUAAAACAAUGCUUUGUUUAACCAGAGCA